UCACCCGCCAUGCCCGCUCCUUCAACCACCCUCCUGAUCGAGGGUUCCUUCUCCGAACUCGCCGAGGAAUUUGCUGCGUACCUCGAUGCCCUCAACAAGCCCGACGAUACCACCGUUCAGACCGAGGUCGCCCCGCUGCUGCAACCCCUCCGCGAGCAGGAACAGAAUGAUACCCAGCUUGAUCAGAGCAAGCGGGAUGAGGUGCUGAAGAAGCUGGUCUCGGCCGCCACUGUGCUCAACACGGCGCCGGAGAAGGAGAUUACACCCGCUUACAACCUCCUGAUCCACCUCGUCCAGCAGGCCUCCGACCCUGACAUGUUCCUCUCUCGCAUCUGCUCAUACCUCGCCAAGCCCAUCCCCUCCUCUCCUCAGUUCGGUGCCUCUCUUUCCAUCGCCAUCCUGUCCACCAUCUUCAACACACUCGCCCCUACCGACUCCAGCCGAUUCCACGUUCUCUUGGCCAUUGUCACCGUGAUCCGCCAGUCUGGCUCCUCUGCGGCUUUUGAUGCUCUGAAGCCCCAGUUGACUGCACAGCUGCCCAACUGGCGCUCCACCUGGGAACUUGACGAUGAGGAGGCCCGCCGUCUGCAUCUGGCCAUCGCUGACGCCGCCCAGGCGGCCGGCGACCUCGAUUGGGCUCAGACUCACGUUGUCGAUGCUCUCCAGACCAUUCCUCCGGCCGAAGCCUCAUCCCCUGCAGCACGCGACCUUGCCGUGCGUGCUCUGACCUCAGCGCUCACCCACCCGGCCGUCUUCGACUUCACCCCGUUAACCGCCGCCGAUGCCGUUCAGGCCUUGCGAUCUAGCGACGCACCCCUCUUCGAGCUGCUUGAGAUUUUCACCGCUGAUACCCUUGAUGCCUACGAGGAUUUCAUCUCCGCCACCCCUGUCGAAAACAUCCUCCCUGACAACGCCUUGGCCCCCCAUGCCGAAGCUCUGCAGACCAAGAUCCGUCUACUCACUCUGGCAUCUCUUGCCGCGGCCGCCACAACCACAACAGGUCCGUCCGCGCGCUCUCUGUCAUACGAGACUAUUGCGUCCGCCCUUCGCGUGCCGCAGGAGGAAGUUGAAAAGUGGGUCAUUGACACCAUCCGUGCUGGUCUGGUUGAGGGCAAGCUUUCUCAAUUGCGUUCUGAGUUUUUGGUCCAUCGUGCCACCUACCGUGUGUUCGGUGAGAAGCAGUGGGCCGAAGUCCAGGGUCGUCUUAUGGUGUGGCGACGAAGCCUGGAGAACGUCCUUGGUGUCAUUCGCAGCGAGCGUGAGCGAUUUGUACGGGAAGCUGCUGCUGCUGCGGCUGCGGCUGCUGCAGAGGGUGAGAAGGGAGAUAAGAAUAACAAGGGACCGUCUGAGCGUCGACGUGCUCCUCAGGAGAUAGCUGCCGCGGAGUAGACGCAACAAACAAAAAACUGAUGAGAUAAAAUGUAAUGACUAUUCAAGUUCAUUGGUUCUAGAUUUGCUGAAUAAACACCGGAUUCGAAGUUC